AUGAAAGCCUACAUCUACGACGACCUCCCCGGCGACCAACGCCUCCCCCACAACUCAGGCACCCCCAUCUCCCCCUCGGAGCUCCUCUCCCUCGGCGUCCUCUACCACCACAUCCCCUCCCUCUCCGACGUCGACGCCCUCGCCGCCGAGCGGGGGUACAAGAACCGCGACGAGAUCACCGUCUCCCCCGAGGCCAUGGGCGACAUCUACGAGACCAAAGUCAGGUCCUUCUUCGACGAGCACCUCCACGAAGACGAAGAGAUCAGGUACGUCAAGGACGGCAAGGGGUACUUUGACGUCAGGGACAAGGACGAGAGGUGGGUGAGGAUCUUCCUCGAGAAGAACGAUCUGAUCAUCCUGCCGGCGGGGAUUUACCACAGGUUUACUACUGAUGAUGAUAAUUACAUCAAGGCUUUGAGGUUGUUCAAGGACGAGCCCAAGUGGACGCCUCUGAACAGGACGGAGGGGUUGGAUGAGAACGCUUAUCGCAAGGAGUAUGUUCAGCAGUUCUUGGCUGCUUGA